AUGGCAUUUUUCAAACAUUUUCAACAAAAUCUGAGUCUUCCUUCUGUGUCUUCUCUGGUUGACACAUUAAGUAAUGUUGUAGAUGAUCUUACUAGUGCUGUUGGUGAUGUCAGCUACACAGUAGCUGACUCUGUUACAGAGCAGGUAACAAGCAUGUUCAGCAGUUUUCGGACAGAAAGCACAACUACAGUGCAAGAAGAUAAAUCUCUAGCAGAUAAAGAUAAAAAAAUAACAUCAUUAAAUAAUAUUAAAGAAAACUUUGUGAGAGAAGAAUGUAUAUUAGAAGAAAAACACACACAAAGCACUUCUUCAAAAAAAUGUACAGAUGACAGUAGGGAGUUUUGUCCUAGUAAAGGCAAAGUAGAUUCUCAGAAAAAUGUUUCUGAACUGAAAGAAUUUGUUAAUGAGACAGAAAUUUGUCAGUCACAUGUAAAACAUGCACAAUGCAAAAGUAAUUACUUAGAAAAACAUGUAUCAAAAGCUGUUAGACAGAAUUGCAGUACUUAUAAGCCAGAGGAAUGUCUUAAUCAAGAACCAGAUAGACAGUCACAAACAGUAUCAAACCAAUCUAAUGAAAAGUUGUAUAAAAAAGUAAAACAAAAAUCACCAGAAGUUGACUUCAAAAACACUAAAGAAGUGCAUAGUGUUUCAUUCAGGAGUUUGAAAGCAACUGAGGAACAAACACCAGAACUGCCAGAAUCAAGAUCUAAAAAACUAAACCGUUUUCAUAAAGUAAAAGGAAAGAAAUACAAGACACUUGUGACAAAGCAGGAAGAAAAUGCAGCAUCUGAUCUUUCAAAGAAAAGUGAAAAGGAAAAGACUAAGGACUCAGAAUAUUUUUCAAAAGAAGUGAGUAGUAAGAAGAAACCAGAAAAAGAUAACUUAUAUAUAAAUAAAGACCAGCAUGGUUCAUCAUCAGAGAGUGAAGAUGAGGCACUGGGUAAAUACCAUGAAGCCUUGUCAAGAACACAGAGUUCAUGGCCACCAACAGGUGACAGUAGACAACAGAAAAAUUAUAUUUGGGAAACCAGACAAAAAUAUAGCCCUUUGUCUGCAGAGUAUGAUGGAUAUAGUAGUGAAGCCUCUGUAGAUGAAGCAGACUGUAUUCAAAGAAUGAGACAAACACCUCCCCUUGAUGAAUUGCAGCCUCCACCAUACCAGGAUGAUAGUGGCUCUCCGCAUCUCUCCCGUACGCCUUCUGAAGUUGGUGAGAGCAAAUGUGAAUUCUCUCAGUGCAGCAACAGUCCAAGAUGUUCUUAUAAAUGCCCAAGUGAAGGAAGUAAUGGGCAUGAAAUAGAAAGUUUCCAUAACAAAGGAUAUGAAGAAGAUGUACCUAGUGAUAGUACUGCUGUCCUUAGCCCAGAGGAUCUGUCAGUCCAAGGAUCAUCAUCACAGCUCCCUAAAACUUUUGAUCCAGAACCAGAAGCUAAAUAUGGCACCUUGGAUGUGACUUUCGACUAUGACUCACAGGAACAGAGGCUUCUGAUAACAGUGACAGCUGUCACAGACAUUCCAAAUUAUAGCAGGACAAGUGGAAGUCUGUGGCAAGUACACCUGGUUCUCCUUCCUAUCAAGAAACAGAGGGCAAAAACUAGCAUCCAGCGUGGUCCUUGCCCUGUCUUCACUGAGACAUUCAAAUUUAAUCAUAUUGAAUCUGAGAUGAUUGGGAAUUAUGCAGUACGCUUUAGACUAUACAGUAUACGUCGUGUAAAAAGAGAAAGGAUUCUAGGAGAAAAGAUAUUUUACUUAACCAAAUUAAAUCUUCAAGGAAAGAUAUCAGUACCGGUGACACUAGAACCAGCAUACAACAUUUCU